GUGAGAAAACACAUUCCAAAGCUCCAGAAGAGCUUUGUGUUCCGGAAGAGUAUUCCGGAAGAGGCUCUUGCCAGCUUAAUGCUUCACAAGAAAAGGCUGUCCUGGAGGUUGAUUCGGAAUACCAAGCUAUGAGCGAGCCUGUGUCUCCAGUCCGCGUGGAAGUUUUGACUCAGCUCCAAGCCCAUGGCAUUGUAUCGGAAUACAUCACCUACCCUCGUGUAACCUUCUCGUCUGCCUCUCGCCUCUGUGUCCGGCACAGCCCUCCUGGGGACUCCUCCCGGCAAUCGCUGACGCUCUUGGAUCCCCGUGCAUCUCCCAAGGAGGAUCAGGCUCCGCCAAACUGGACUUUGCAUCAUGUGCAAGGGGCUCUGGCUAAUCCUAGCCGUCCACUGCUUGCUGUCAGAGCGGGGCAGCUGGCCCAGGUCUACGACGUGGACCAGCGUUCCUUAAGAUACCAGUGGGAAUUUGCUCAUCCUAUUGAGUACUGGGUGUGGUUGAACGCUGACAUUCUGGCUGUGGUGACAGAGGAGGAUGUCUUCCACUGGACCGUAAAACGUUCCGGACCAAGUUGGCAGUUUAGCCGACAUGAACGUCUCUGUGGCAUGGAGGUGGUAGGAUAUCAACGGGAUGCCAGUCAUAUGUGGAUGGCUCUCUCGGCUCUAGGACUUGAGCAGAACCAAGUUGUGGGCCUGACCCAGCUGUAUUGGCGAGGGGGCCCACUGUCUCAGGUCAUAGAAGCCCAAGCAGUAGCCUUGCCUCAGCACAGAUUUUCCAGGAAUCCAAAACCUUCAACAUCCCUCUUAGCUGCUGUGCGGAGAGGCAAGGAACAGGCUGGACAGUUUCAUGUGGUAGAGCUAGGUCCACAUCAGCCAGGGAACGCCGCCUUGCUUAGUGCCCGCGACACCUUGCCUUUCAAGGGGACUCAGCUAGGGGACUUCCCCAGUGCAGUACAGUUCCUGCCCCACUUGGGUGUGGUGGUCAUUCUUACCAAGCAUUCUUUCCUCUUCCUUGCUGACGUGGAGACAGCACAAACCAUCCAUCGCAUCCACCUGGUCUUAGAUAUCCUUUUCGCUACUGUACUUGAUGACGAGAGGCCCCACAGCCUGCUGGGAGUUUGCCGUAGUGGCAAGGUGCUGUCUAUCUCUAUCUGUCCAUACGCUCUGUGCCAAUAUAUCUCCCACCAUCCUACCAGCCUCUGCCUUUCCCAGCGGGUGCUACAACUGGUGGGCCAGAUUCCUGCUCCACGGAAAGCCAUUUCUGUGGAGUGACUUCUCCUCGCCCAAAAUACUGAGAUGGAACGCUUGCAAGUGCCUCAAAACUGUUUUCAUUCCUAAGUGGAUCUUAUGGGGGCUUUGGGAAAAGGGAAAGGCAAAUUGAAAACACAGGAACAGGGCAAUGUCCACAGCAGUAAUGUGGACGCCUGCUGAGCUGCUAUGGAAGCAGGGAAGAAAGAAUUGAUCAUUUUUUGUGGGGAAAGAUGACUCAUAACUGUGAAUGUGAUAUUUUGGGUAUAUUGGAGAUUUUUUUUAUGAGGAGCAAAGAGGGUGUUGUUUAUGCUGCGGGGGGCAUUAGCUUUGACUAUAUAUGUGUCUGGUGGUGGUCUCUGCCUGCUAUAUUGUCUGGCUUGCUUCCCUUUUGAAAGGCGUGCUGAUCUUGUGGCAGCUGUGUGCCUUGUCUCCAAGGAACACUGGGUCAUUGGUGCAGCGGAGGCAAGAGCUUCUAUCCACAGCUCUGCCUUUCCCACCUUCUAGGUCAUGGCCUGCUGACUUACCAUUGCUUUGAAAAAAAAUAAAAAUAAAAGGAAGCUGAGUGACUUAUUUACAUACCUACUAGUCAUUCACACAGGGAGCCAGAAGGACAAAAUUGCCAGUGUUUCUACAACAAGGGUGCCAUUUUAAAGUAAUAUCUGUCUGGUGUGAGCAAGUUUUUGGGGGGUUUUCCCGAGACGUGAAAAUACUCAGGACUUUGUGUGUAUGUAUGUAUAAAUAUAGUAGGUUGUUGUUGUCUUUUAUUUUCUGGCAAUAUUUGGUCAAAGGGCAGUUCAGCAUAUGAAUAAAAUACACCUCCACCCAUCUA